ACCUCUAUGUAUACACACAGUCUCUAAGGACCUCUAUACACCUCUAUGUAUACACACAGUCUCUAUAGACCUCUAUACACCUCUAUGUAUACACUCUGUCUCUAUAGACCUAUAUACACCUAUAUGUAUACACACAGUCUCUAAGGACCUCUAUACACCUCUAUGUAUACACACAGUCUCUAUAGACCUCUAUACACCUCUAUUUAUACACACAGUCUCUAUAGACCUCUAUAAACCUAUAAAAUAUAUAUAUAUAUACAUAUAAUAUAUAAACAUAUAUAUAAACUGUAUACACACAGUCUCUACCUCUACACACCUGACACUACAGCUCUAUGUAUACACACAGUCUCUAUAUACCUCUAUACACCUUUAUGUAUACACACAGUCUCUAUAUACCUCUAUAUACCUCUAUGUAUACAGACAGUCUCUAUAGACCUCUAUACACCUCUAUGUAUACACACAGUCUCUAUAGACCUCUAUAUACCUCUAUGUAUAAACACACAGUCUCUAUAUACCUCUAUACACCUUUAUGUAUACACACAGUCUCUAUAGACCUCUAUACACCUCUAUGUAUACAGACAGUCUCUAUAGACCUCUAUACACCUCUAUGUAUACACACAGUCUCUACCUCUACACACCUUUAUGUAUACACACAGUGCACACUGUCCUUCCCUUCGUCUCUCGUAGACAACACCAAUACCAGUCUAACACUGACAGUCUUCUAGACACACCAAUACACGUCUACCUGAACACCACAACAGGCCUCUAUAUACACCAAUACACUUCUACCUACCGCCAGUUAAAUCCUCCAUGAUCAACCACUCACCAGAAAACACUAUGUACAUGGCAACAAGUCUUUGCUCACCUCCCGAGGUUUCGGUCCGUAAAACCUUGGGGGCCUCGUUCCCUGAAGAAGAGGGGGCCGGCGGACAUUUUGUCAACGAUGCUCAGCGCUGCCGGUGUACAGCAGGAAUGGUCAACUCAGUGUUGGGCUCCAUUCCAUUUCAACUACAGUCCAUUCAGGAAGUACCCUGAAAUUCCAAUUCCAAUUAUCUUCAAUGCUUUUCAACUCUGAAUAUUUGGAAUUGGAAUGGACUUUACUUUUGGAAUUGACUGUAAUUGUAAUGGAAUUGAGCCCUAACCCUGUCCAGGCCAACCGUCCUCCUGGAGAGCUAGGGAUCCUGCAGAGGCUGCAGUAGAGAGGAGGGAUGGGCAAGCAUGAUGUACAUUCACUUUGAACAAUAAUUUGCUUCGGUGAGAAGAGGAAGGAGAACAAGGUUAAAAUGUCUCUGAACGUUCCGGGCCUGAUCGUCAUGGCGAUCUUCUACUUGCUGAUCCUAGGCACGGGGAUCUGGGCCUCGAUGCGCUCCAAGAAGGUGGAGAGGAAGUGUACCGGGUCGGACGGGAUGGAGAUCACGCUGCUCGCCGGACGCAACAUCAACCUGUUGGUGGGGAUCUUCACUCUGACUGCUACGUGGGUUGGAGGAGGGUUUAUCCUGGGUAUAGCGGAGGCUGUCUACAACCCUACCCUGGGUCUGGUCUGGGCUCUGAUGCCAGUCCCCUACGUACUCACCUUCUUCCUGGGUGGUUUUUUCUUUGCCAAGCCAAUGAGGGAAAACAAGUACGUGACAAUGAUGGAUCCGUUCCAGAUAAAGUAUGGCAACGUCCUGAGCAGCCUGCUCAUCUUCCCAGCGCUCAUUGCAGACGUCCUGUGGGUCGCUAGGACGCUGGUCAGCCUAGGUGGCACUAUGAGUGUGAUUCUGGACCUGCCCUAUGUCUACUCCAUCUGUAUCAGCUCUGUGGUGGCCAUCAUCUACACUCUACUGGGAGGACUCUACUCUGUAGCCUACACCGAUGUCAUCCAGCUCAUCCUCAUCUUCCUCAGUCUGUGGAUCUGUGUGCCAUUUAUGAUGACCAACCCAAACUCCAUGGACAUCACUCUGACCGCAUUCAACGAGACGUUCCAGGCCCCCUGGGUCGGCAAGCUGGAGCUUAGAGACGCGGGGAAGUGGAUUGACGACUUCAUGGUCUUGGCUCUGGGAGGCCUGGCCUAUCAGGCCUUCUACCAGAGGAUCCUAUCAGCGUCGUCCUACACCCAGGCUCAGGUCACCUGCUUCGCCUCCUCAGCUUUCUGCCUGGUGCUGGGCAUCCCGUCUGUCUUGGUGGGGGCUGUCGCUGCAUCCACAGACUGGAACCUGACUAGCUACGGUUCUCCGACCCCAUACGAGCGUGGCCAGGCCGGGUCCAUCCUCCCCAUCGCCCUGCAGUACCUCACCCCCUCCUACGUGUCCGUCAUCGGCAUCGGGGCCGUCGCUGCCGCCGUGAUGUCAUCCAUGGACUCCGCCCUCCUCAGCUCCGCCUCCAUGUUCUCCUCCAACAUCUACAAGAACAUCAUCAGGAAUCAGGCCUCAGACAGGGAGAUGCAGUGGGUGAUCCGUACCUCGGUGGUGGUGUGUGGCCUGGCGGGGACGGCCCUGACCUUCCUGGAUAACAGUGUCCUGGUUUUCUGGCUGGUGGGCGUCGACAUGUCAUACACAAUCAUGUUCCCACAGCUUGUCUGUGUCCUCUUCUUCAAGGUGUCCAACGGCUACGGUGCCAGUGUGGGGUAUCUCCUAGCGUUGGUCCUCCGUAUCCUGAGUGGGGAACCCCUCAUCAACCUUCCCCCUGUCAUCCACUUCCCUGGGUUCAGGAAGGACGCGGAGGGCGUGAUGACCCAGUUCUUCCCGUUCCGUACCACCAUCAUGCUGACGUCUCUCUGCUCCAUCCUCGUCGCCUCCGGCGUCACCUCCGUCAUCUUCAACAAGGGCCUGCUGUCGGAGAGGUGGGACGUGUUUCAGAUCAAGAGGUCGCAGGCCAAAGUGACAGCGCUGACCAGGCUUAAGAAAGAAGAGAGUAAAAAGGACUGCAUGGAGGCCAAGGAGGCGGUGGUGAACAAGCAGCUUCUGGACACCAGCUGUUGAACAGAGGGGGGCGAUGGAAACUGAGGACAGCCAUGGGUGGAUGAGUGGGUGAGCAUCGCAGGAGGCUGCUGAGGGGCCAUGGGUGGAUGAGUGGGUGAGCAUCGCAGAAGGCUGCUGAGGACGGCCAUGGGUGGAUGAGUGGGUGAGCAUCACAGGAGGCUGCUGAGGACGGCCAUGGGUGGAUGAGUGGGUGAGCAUCACAGGAGGCUGCUGAGGACAGCCAUGGGUGGAUGAGUGGGUGAGCAUCACAGGAGGCUGCUGAGGGGCCAUGUUGAGGCAAAGGGUUUUGUUUGGUCGGGCGGACAUUUUGUGUUUCUGCUGAGGACUCGAAGGAUUUUGGAGACGGGAGGAUGGUCGAAAAACAUGCAACAACAACAACAA